ACAAAAACGAACCCAGCAUUAAAAAAUGGUGAAAGGCUCAAUUAAUUAGCAGUGCAGUGGCACAACAUAAACGACAGUCGUCGUUGCACAUGUUUGGUCAACUCUACUCAACGCGCUCCAAACACGGAAAGCCCGAAGCUACUCGAAUCUUCGCAGUUCUUUCUGCCCAAUAUUAAGAUCAUUUUUCACUUAAAAGAGAGAUUUUUUUUUUCUUUUUUAUAAAUGUGUAGUACUAAGUCUGAAAAUUAUCCAGAGCAAAAAAAAAAAAAAAGUCUGAAAAUUUUGUUAUGCACUUCUGUUGCCGCAACCCAACCUCACCGCCGGAUCUCCUCACAGCCGCUCACCGCGGCCAACUCUCAGCACCGGAAGCACGUCAUUCAUGGUCAUCGAAAAACGUCGAUGGCCGGCCAAAAUCCAUGGAAAACUUGCAAAAGGAAGAAAAUGGCAAGAGGAGCCAUUGAGAGGUUCGCAAUUGCAGCAAUUUCUUCAAGACAGCUUUCGGUCCUCUGUUCUGUAUACGCUCCAGUGAUCCAAUCCUCUGCUCAGCCAACCUUCCAAUAUGAACAAUGUCAAAAUCACAAAGGCAAUUACACCACCAACAGCACCUAUCAAGGGAACCUCAACCGCGUCCUUUCCAUACUCCCCUCAAGAGGAAAUGGCAAUGGUUUCUAUAAUUCCUCUUAUGGCCGAAACUCUGAUAAAGUUUACGCCACCGGCCUCUGCAGAGGAGAUAUCGAGCCCAAUGGUUGUCGUAAUUGCCUCGUUAAAUCUGCUCAAAUUCUUACACUGGUUUGCCCCAACAAGAAGGAGGCCAUUGGGGGGUUUGACGAAUGCAUGUUGCGCUGCUCAAACCUCCCAUCUCUUGGCGUCAUGGAAACGAGUCCAAUAUUCCAUUCAUGGAGCACGGAGAGCGUGUCGUCCAUUUACUUGAAUGGUUUUUUCCGAGAUCUCAGAAUUUUACUCGACGAACUGAAAAAUCGAGCUGCAGCUGGAGGCCCUCUUCGCAAAUAUGCAACAGGAAAUACAAGCGCUCCGGAGUUUCAAAUCAUAUAUGCUCUUGCGCAGUGUAGGCCAGAUUUGUCACAGCUGGGCUGCAACAACUGCUUGGAUAAAGCUUUUCAAGACAUUCCGCGGUAUUACGGGAAGGUAGGGGGAAGAGUUGUAACACCGAGUUGUAACUUUAGAUACGAGGUUUACCGAUUUUAUGGACAUGCGUAUGAUGCACCACCAGCAACACAGCCGCCGCCUCCACCAUUGACUGAAGCCGGAGCUACAAUAGGAAAGAAGAGUAACACGUCUGGAAAUAGCAUCAUAGUUGUAGCUACUGCUGCUACAGCGGUGCUCAUUAUUUCCUUAGGCGUGUACUCGAGAGUGAAGAAGUCAUAUAAGAAGGUUGAAGAUGAUGAUGAUAAAGAAGAAGAAGUUGAAUUUGGGACUGCCGACUGCUUGCGAUUUGACUUUAGAACCGUACGUGUUGCAACGGGUAACUUUUCCGAGAGAAAUAAGAUUGGACAGAGCGUGCACGGUCCUGUUUACAGGGGUAAACUCCGGUCUACUGGGCAACAAAUUGCUGUGAAAAGGUUUUACAAGAAUGGUUUGCAUAUAGAUUACUUCAAGAAUGAGGUACUAUUGCUUUCGAGGCUUCAACACCGCAAUGUCGUAAGGCUCCUCGGUUUCUGCUUGAAAGAAAACGAAAGGCUUCUUGUCUAUGAGUUCCCCAAAAUGAGUCUUGAUGACUUACUAUCUGCCGAGCAUGAACAUUUGGCUUGGGAGACGAGAUACAAAAUUAUAAGAGGCAUUGCUCAAGGGCUCCUUUACCUUCACGAGGAUUCUCGUUUAAGAAUCAUCCAUUAUGAUCUCAAUGCGAGUAACAUUUGGUUAGACGAAGACAUGAAUCCUAAGAUCUCAGAUUUUGGAGUGGCGAAAUUGAUUGGAGUCUAUGAAAGUGAAGAUACAAGAAAACUUUUGAACACCGUGGGAUAUAUAGCUGCAAAGUACUUAAGGAAUGGGCCAAUUUCGACGGAGGUGGAUGUAUUUAGUUUUGGACAGUUAAUUCUAGAAAUAGCAAGUGGAAGAACAUGUGGAUUUUCGGAGCAUCGUGGAGAGGAUUACGAACACCCUUUGGUUAGCUAUGCACGCAGGAAUUGGAGAGAAGGAACACUUUCAAACCUUGUAGAUCCCCAAAUGAAAGAUGGGCCAUCAAAAUUAGAUGAGAUAUUGAGGUGCGUCGACAUUGGAAUGUUGUGCAUCCAAGAAAGUGCCGCUGACAGACCAACUAUGAGUUCAGUUGUUCACAUGCUUAAUUGCGAUCUCUUCCACUUUCCUUAAAAACAUUUUUUAGGGGAUAAUUGUGCAUUAGACGAUUCAUCCUCAGCUGAUUGUAAUGCAGGGGUGACUCAUGAGUAGGAGUCCUUUGAGAAUUAAUGUAGAGUGAUGCAGACUACCACUUUCAAUUGACAUGUUAUAAAUAGAUACGUUAUUCUGUCAAUUAAGGACCCGUUUAGUUCGUUAAUUUGAGUUUUUAGUUCGAGUUAAGAUGUAAUUUUAUG